AGCUGGGCUGUGAAAAGCUCUGUCUCCCAGCCAUUCUCAGAAGCCCUCCUGCGAGGCCCUGAAGAUGAGCCAGCUCUGCCUAUCUGCAGCCCUCCUCCUCCUCCUCCUCCUGGGCACCCUGGUGGCCAGCACCCAGGGGUGUGAAGAGAGGAGCCAGAUAGAAGAGCUGCCACCUGCCUUCUGCCUGGAGCCUCCCUACACGGGGCCCUGCAAGGCCCGUAUGAUCAAGUAUUUCUACAACAUCAGAUCCAGGAGCUGUGAGGAAUUUAUAUAUGGUGGCUGCGAAGCCAAGAAGAACAACUUUGAGGCGAUGGAGGACUGCAUGAGCACCUGCGGUUCCUGGCGGGACUUCUGUGGACCUGUCCUCCCCCGAGAUGCUGAAGAUUGAGGAGGCCCCACCCUCGGCUGGGCUGGGGUUGCAUCUGAACCAGUCCAGCCUCCCCUGCUCCCUUCUCAGCCCCACCUUCCUCAUCAGACUCCUGCCUCUGUCCUUCCGCCCAUGGGUCUAUGUGUUUGAGCUGCGUGUCAUCCAGGCAGCUCUAAGCACCAUGAGAGCGAGGCUUCCCUUUACCCCGAGCACCGAGCACUGUCCCUGGCUCAAAGGAGACCGACCAUCUCUAAUUCUUUGUGGAAUGAAGGAAUGAAGGCAGAAGCACCGAUCCUCACCACUGUAGGGCCUGGGAUUUGAAACCAAGUCCCUCAUUUCUAGAGGAAUGAUGGAGUGAAUGCAGGAGCUCACAACUGGAGUGACUACAGAACCUGGGGUUUGAAGGCGGGACUUUUGUCCUAACCCCUAUCCUCCCCUUCAUCCUCUAAUAAGAAUUAUUAUUAAUUUAUGGCAUUUUAGUGGAAAAGAACUUGUUACUAAUUAGAGGAGUUUGGCUUCAGUAGCCCUGGAUGUUGCUGUGUGGUCCCGGGCAAGUCACUUCACCUCUCUGAGCCACAGUUUCUUUGUUUGCAAAAGAGAGGGUGAUGGUAUCUGUCUUAAGGAAUUCCUGGGUUUGGGUAUUUUCAAAAAUUACGUUGCUUAUGGUGCUAAAGUGUUUUGAACACCACCGAGCAAAAUGCUUGCUUAAAAAUAGAGUUUUGUGGAGUUCCGGUUGUGGUGCAGUGGAAACGAAUCCAACUAGGAACCAUGAGGUUGUGAGUUCGACCCCUGGCCUUGCUCAGUGGGUUAAGGAUCUGGCGUUGCCAUGAGCUGUGGUGUAGGUUGCAGACUCGGUUCGGAUCCCGAGUUGCUGUGGCUCUGGUAUAGGCCGGUGGCUACAGCUCCAAUUAGACCCCUAGCCUGGGAACCUCCAUAUGCCCUAAAAAAAAAAAAAAAAAAAAGCCAAAAAAAUAGAGUUUUGUUUCCUUGGCUCCUGACUGCCUUGAAAGUGUGCUGUCUACUACAAUAAAGAAGAGAACAAACAA